UAGGAAGAGUACUUGCUCUCCACACAACAAUCCUUCGUUGCCAUCUCCGGCGAUCAACGGCGGCGGGUGCAAAGUCGUAAUUUUUCUUCUCCCCGGGAGAGAUGGAGGAUGGGGUGAAGAUGAAGAGCUUCAGGGAUGAGGAUUUGGAGACCAGAAGAAUAUUUCUGAGGAGUUAUCCUCUGCGAUGGGACGAGGAGGAAGAAGAAGAAGAUGAAGGGGAAGGAAAAGAAGAGAGCCUUAGAGAAGAAGUGGUGUCGAGAAAAAAGCAGAGGUUUUUCAAGGUGAAGUUGCUUGUGAAGCAGAACCUCAUCACUGUGCUCCACUGGGGAGAAAGGAAGCUGCUGUUGCUGAAGAAGAUGAAGAACAAGGUUGCGUUUUACCUCGUCGCCUGUCAUCCUUUUGGUUUCAAAACUUCUACCAAGUUUAUCACAGCUUGAUUUUCAGUUAAAGAUAAUUCACAAGCUGUUUUCUUUUUGGUUUUUGAUGCUUUAUCUUCAGGAAAUAAAUCCCAUGUACACUAGUAUUAUGACUGCAGGAAGUAAUAUUUUGCUGUUCUGAA